UAUAAACGAAGAAAGAUGGCGGUUGCUAGGAAGAAGCGAGUUGAUGUUUUGAGUCUUAGUUUAUACAUUUUGUUAAACUGUUAUCUCGUUAUCGGUACAGAUAAUAAUUGUAUACCAAUUACGAGUUGUUCGUGCAUAUUUAAAAAUGGAAGUAUCAUAGAUCUGAGUUCGAUAGCGCCUGCAAAUGGACACGAGUGGUCUGGAAAAGCUAAAAACGAUAAAGAUAAUUCUGAAUAUUUUUUUAAUCCUUGUAAUGUAUUUAACUUGGGUGGUGGUUGCUCACAAGUUACAGUAUGCCAAAAACAAGGUAAUGGUUAUUAUCCUCUUGGAAAAUCAGAUAUGUUGUUUGAAUAUAACUAUACUACCAACAGAUUAGAAAUGAAGUAUCGAGUAAGUGAAAGACUUACGGAAGUUACUCUAAUUUGUUCUGAUGGACCUACAAAAUUUGAAGCUUAUGGAGAAACUAAUCCAGGAUUAUCUCUGACUUAUCUGAUGACACUAUAUUCAAAGUGUGCUUGCCCAGAUGCAUGUGUGCAAUCUAGUGCAGAUGGCUUGUCUACAGGUUCUGUGUUAAUCAUAUUGAUGGUGUGAUAUUUGUCUUGAGUGGUUGUAGAGCUGAAACAACUUAUGAAAGAAUCUAGCAAAACAUUACUUGAAAAGAAACCAUGUGCCUAUAUACAUAUGUAUUUUCUAGUUGGAUCCAAUCUCGCGUCUCAGGAUGAAUGAUUUACAUAGACUUGUACAUAAUGAAUGAAUGAAGAUACUAGCAUAAAUGUUCCCAAUAUUUGAAAAUUAACUAUAAAUCAGUUGGAAUUUUUUGUGAACAUUCAAUGAUUCUUUUUUUUUUAAUAGUAAUUUGCUAUGCACGGAUCAGAUCUGUUUUAAGGAAUAUCAUUGUCCAAUGUGGAACCAACUUUCAGAUUCAAAAAGUUUGCUUUGAUGAUUUUUUCAACCAAAAACAAAGCAAAGUUUUGUAAGACACUUUGAUAAAAAGCUCUCUCAUUUUUAUUAUCAAUGCUAAAAUGGUAAGGUAACUUUUUACUGUGAUAUUACUUAUUGCUUUCAUUAACUGCAUUAUUACUAAAAAUGUAUAGUCUUUGUUAUUGAUAUUCGGAUAUAUUUUAAAAUAUUUGUUUUCUGUAAAUUUUUUAAAAUAAUUAAUCUUAGCAAUAUCAGAAGUUCCAGUAAACACUGAAUACUGUUUCCAUAUAUCACAAUAAUAAUUUAGGGAAGUCAUUUCAAAAAAUCUCAACAUAUCUUUUAAAGUUCUUACGAAUUUUGGACACAUUAAAAUUUUCGUAACCUACUACCUACCUUUUAUUCUUUAAGAUGUCUACUCCCAACUUUGUUAUCAAUCAUUGUUUAAAUUCCAUUGGACCUGAUGGUAUUGCUAUAUUUUAAUAUUUAUUUAUAGAAAUAUAUGAAUGUUUACGGAAAAGCAUUGCAUUUAUUUUUAUUUUGGUAACUCAAUAUUGUCUUUAAAAAAAUUAAAAGAUUUAUGAGACAGUAUUUGAUGUUUCAUUUCAUAAUUUUCUUAAGUUUUGAAAAUCAUUUUUAACUCUCUUAUUAGAUAAAGAUAUUUUAAUACAAUAAUGUGCAUUUGACUGUAAAAUCUUAAGGAACUUGCAAAAAAAGGGAAGGACAAUUACAAAUGAUAUUAGAUGAAUGCAAAAGAAGUCUGGAAAAUAGUUCAAACUGUUUUGGGAUAAUCAGUCAUCUGUUGUUAGACUAUGAUCUAAUUUACCUUCAAUACAGUGAUUGCAUUACAGUAUUUAUUGUUCAAGAAAGUUAACAAUCACUGAGCAUUUAAUUUGUACCCAAAAUACAAAUGGAGUCUCUGGAUAAACAAGUUUUCACUGUAUUUCAUACUUAUAAAUUUAUUAAAUUCAGCAAGCAGGUAAAAUAAUAUAAAUUGUCAAAGAAUUUUUAGCCAAAACAUCUUGAAAAUUGUCUAUGAUUGUAAGGGGAAAUUUCACAAGUUCAUUUUUUUAAAAUCUAUCUAUCCACCUUUAAAUAAAAAUACAGUAGAGCGUCGUUUAUCCAAAAGUCAAUUAUCUGAAAGAAUUCCA